GUGUGUGUGUGUGUGUGUGUGUGUGUGUGUGUGGGGCUGGCAGGGCUUGGAUUUGACAUGGCCCGACUACAAAAACAUGCAGGCAGACUUUCGGUUUCCCUGACUGUGCUCGGUCGACUCGGAUCGAGCAGGCACAAGGUCAAAGACAAUGUUUUGCUCACUUUCCGUGCAGAGGACACCGAGAGGAGCUCUCGCUGGGGUCUCGUGGGUGAAUUGAGGAAUGUGGAAAUUUGGCUUAAUUUAUUCAUGUUCUAUUUGCAUCUCUGGCUUCUUCUUUCUUUUUUUUUUUUAACUUCCAGUGACACAUUGUCACAGUGCAGAGGCUCGAAGUUGACAUGAAGUUCAUGUUGGUCGUGUAGGUUCUUUCAUGGGAUCAGCAGCUCGAUUGCUUGUCUCUCAUGUGGACACAGAUUGGACGACGACCAAAAAAAGUCACAGCCUGUUUUCGAAAAAUUUCUCUAUAUCUCAAGUCUUGUUGUUUUUUUUUUUAACCAUCCAUGUAUUUGCCGAGCUGCACGUACCCGUCAAAGUCCGACUUUGGCACCGUACCUGCGCCGUUCCUGACGGAGAGCGGCGCAGCGGCGCGCAGGCUGUCGGAGUACCGGGGCUACUGCUACCAUGAGCCCCUGCAGCAGUAUCCUCCACCUCCUCCUCCUCCUCCUCCUCCGGGCAAAUGGACCCUGUACCAGUCGAACGGCCCCAUCACCUCCUCUCCUCCUCCUCCUCCUCCGGGUAAAUGGACCCUGUACCAGUCGAACGGCCCCAUCACCUCCUCUCCUCCUCCUCCGCCGCCGCCGUCGUGCUUCAGCCUGCCGGGGGAUGUUUACCACGAGUACCACCACCACCACCACCACCACCAGGGCUUACCGUCCCCGCCGGAGUCGCUAUUCAAAGGCGGCAAGGAGUGCUUCCUGAGCGGCGGGGCGGUGUACGGCGCGUCGUCCGACCCCCGGUUCCGCGCGCACGCGUUCGCCGGCGACCCGCGGGGCUUCCCCGGGGCCAGAUACGCGGAGCCGCAGCUCCUCUUCCCGGAGCUGCGCCGCGGCGGCAUCCUGCUGCCGGUCUUCGACCAGUUCAUCGAGUACGCGGAGGACGCGGAGACCCCGAGGGCGGCGGCGGCGGCCACCGGCGACCGGCGCCAGAAGGACGCGAGCCGGACGCAGUGGACGAGCUGCGCCGGCGGCGAGGCGGGGGCCGCGUCGGCGUCGUUCCCGGCCGGGAAGGAGGAGGACGAGGAGGAGGAGGAGGAGGAGGAUGCGCGCGGCGCUGGAGGAGACAGCGGGCACGAACACACGGAGCCGUCUGCGGCAAGGAAGAAGCGCUGUCCGUACACCAAGCAGCAGAUCCGGGAGCUGGAGAGAGAGUUCCUCUACAACAUCUACAUCAACAAGGACAGACGCAUGCAGCUGUCCCGCCUGCUGUUCCUGACAGACCGACAGGUGAAAAUCUGGUUCCAGAACAGACGAAUGAAAGAGAAGAAACUGAAACGAGAGCGACUGCAGUACUACACACAGUACCACCUGUUCUGACGGAGGGGUGCGGCGCGCAGGACGUAAAAGAGAACACAACAUGGCCCGUUCUUUUUUCCAUUUCCAUUCUGAUGUCCACCGCGAUGUGACAAGCGCUGCAAACACACACUGACGCAGGCGCCGGUUCCUUCCGGUCACGCCGGGCAGGUUUGAUGGAGGCGCGAGUGAGAGAUGUUUUAAAAAAAAAACACAACGAGGCCUUCCUCUGAGGAGACCUCCAAGGGUCACGGUCGCCCCCCCCCCCCCAUGUUUUUUCUUUGUGUGGAGUAUAACCAACACAGAUCAUCAGAGGCUUCUUUUCCUUUUUAAAUAUCUUUUUCAACAAAAGCAUUCAAAAAUGAUUCCGCUUGCCUUAUUAGAACCCGUCUUCUUCCCUCCGAAGUCAUGUGGCUCACCGUGAAGAAGACUCUCUCUCUCUCUCUCUCUCUCUCUCUCUCUCUCUCUCUCUCUCUCUCUCUCUCCGUCCUCGGCCUUCAUGUUCUGUAAAUACCGAGAAAUGAUCACACGCACUGCACAUUCUUUGAAAAAACUCUGAGAUGUACAGAAGCUCCUUAUAUUCAUGUCCACGACGGAGCUCCUCGGGGACAUUUUGUUGCGUGCUCUUUUUUUCUCACAUCUAUCUGUCUAUAUCUCUGUAUAUAUAUCUAUAGCACUUGUACCUAUUAAAAUCUGAAGCCAUAUGCAGGGUGUUGUCCUGAUGUGUUUUUUUUUAUACAGUAAUAAAACGAGAUGAAAGUCA